AGAAUAUCAGCCUUAAUGUGCUUGGCGCCUAAAAGUAAACUGUAUUUUUGUCUUUUAAAGGAAAUUCGACAUAAAUCCAGUGACUAUCCUCAUAGAGUUGCAAAGUACCCAGAAAACAGAAAUCGAAACAGAUACAGAGAUGUUAGUCCAUAUGAUCACAGUCGAGUAAAACUGCAGAACACAGAGAAUGACUAUAUCAAUGCCAGCCUAGUGGUCAUAGAAGAAGCUCAGAGAUGCUAUAUCUUAACACAGGGUCCACUACCUAAUACGUGUUGUCAUUUUUGGCUAAUGGUAUGGCAACAAAAAACCAAAGCAGUUGUUAUGCUGAACAGAAUUGUUGAAAAAGACUCGGUGAAAUGUGCACAGUACUGGCCAACGAGAGGAGAAGAAUUUAUGAUGUUUAGUGAAACAGGUUUUCGUGUGAGGCUAGUAUCGGAAGAUGUCAAAUCCUAUUACACUGUUCACCUGCUGCAAUUAGAAAAUAUCAACGACCAACCAUCCUUUUCUCUUAAAAAUUAAGCACUUUGACAAUUUAAUCAAGUUAAGCUCAAAAAAAAUUGUUCCUGGCCUGAGCUUGGGUUGGAAUUUGCUGCUUCUGUUUCAGAACUGAAGACAGGAUUGAAGAGCUUGUCUGUUUGUUCCAGCUAUGUCUUGUAAGAUAUUCUCUCUCCCUAUAAACCUUGCCUUAUAUUAAUUGAAAGUGAUCGUAUGGCAAGUUUUAUUCAAAGUUGUCUUGUCAGUGGAUUUGGGAAAGGA